AUGAACCUGAUAUUUACUGCAAGUACAUUUACAUUGGUGCUUAUUGCCAUAGAUCGCUAUAUGGCAGUUGCAAAACCAUUACAUUACUCAAUGACAAUGACAAGCAGACGGGCGUCCUUCAUGAUAGCUUCUGUUUGGAUCUCGGCCAUUUUGUGUUCACUGCCACCACUUUUCGGAUGGAACUGCUAUGAAUUCCAGCUAGACAAAAUUUCAUAUCAUAUUGAACCAGUCGUGAAGACUCUCUCAGUGCUACUUGCCUUGUCAAGUUGCGCAAUAAAUCCACUAGUGUAUGUUUUAAGAAGUAAACAUAUCAAGGCAUAUGCUAAAAAAGAAUUAACAAUGGUAAACAAACAUAUAGCCUGA